AUGAUUCAGCUUACGCCAGAGGAAUUGAAGUCACCAUUAUCCGCCCAUGCCGAUCAUGGCCGGGAGAGCUUCUUCAGUAGCGGCAUCCAGUGUUUCGAUCAGAUCCAGACCGAACUGGAUGAUCUGAUAGAGGCCCCCUUCAAUAAAUCGCCAAAAUCUGUUGAAUCAAACCACCACUUUGCCGCUGCUGAGUGGCUGGCAAAUUUCCGCGACCCUGAUUCAUUGCAGCUCUUCCCGAUGCCGCCGCCAACUGAGGAUUCUGGGCCGAUACUUGAACGAGCCACGGCUGUCUCCAACGAGGAAGCCGAAGAGCACACUCCCUACCCAACCAUGGUCAUCAAUGAUGCCGAAGAGUCUAUGAGGCCACCGGAGCAGGAGCUGGCUUCUGCUCAGUCCCCACCAGGCUCGGAUGUCAAUUUCUACAUCCAGCAGUUCCAGAGCUCCCACGACACCCCAGAAGUGAUAUGGACUCUCUUCAACCUUCAGACGUGCAAGAUUCUUUCCAUCAAAGACAACGUGACAAAGAAUCCAUGGCGGACACUGAUUUGGCCCCUCGCCAAAAACUGCCCUCCUCUCUACCACGCACUUGCAGCGAUGACCUGCACGCAAAUGAGCAGAACCCAACCACAAUUCAGAGCCCGAGGAAAAUGGCAUUUUGAACGCGGCAUACAAGCUCUGAACUCCACCUCAGAUGAUAGCAGGAGUCAAAUACCUCUAGAGGCAGCUCUUGCUUGCAGACUUGCUCUGGGCUUCGCCGAAUCCUGGAACCAUCAGAUCUCUUCGACCGGCAUCACCCACAUAAGUGCUGCCCGAACUCUCAUCCGGCAAGCCGUGUUCAAAGCAAGGGCUUCAAAUUUAAGCGCCAACGAGUUGAGUCGCCUGAGCUUUCUAGCCAACACUUGGAUGUACAUGGACGUCCUAGCUCGCAUCACAGUGGCCGACGACGUGGGCUACUUGACGGAUCACGAAGUCAUGACGGCCUGCAGCCUUCUGAGCCCAGUUCCGCGCGCUCAGCAGAUCGAUCCUCUUAUGGGCUGUGCAAUCACACUUUUCCCCCUGAUCAGCCGUCUUGCCGACCUAGUCAGUAGUGUCCGGAGACGGCGUAAGAAAGGCACUUCCCUCAGUACCAUCUCAAAAGCUACCGAGUUGAGACUGGAAAUCGAACGGUGGACAACUGCGAUAGAAUUUCAGAGAUCGGAAGGUUCCACGUCGAACGCCAUUCCAGACUCGAUUCAAACCGCCGAAGCGUAUAGAUGGGCUUCACUGUUGCUCCUACGCCAGACGGCACCCGAGGUGCCCUGGGCACACUCGAUAUGGGAGUUGGCGCAGAAAGCCCUGGUGUAUCUUGCCACCAUUCCAUUGGAGUCGCCCACGACGAUUGUGCAGAUCUUCCCGCUCAUGGUGGCGGGAUGUGAAGCCUUCGAAGAGGAAGACAGGGACUGGGUCCGGCAGCGGUGGCAACUGAUGUCCAAAUCCAUGAUUACCGGAAUUGUGGUUCGAUGCUUGCACGUGACGGAAGAAGUCUGGCGCAGGAGAGACGUGUUUGAAACGAACCAGAAAUCCUGUCGGCCCAGUGCAGCUUCACGGCACAACUCGCCUCUGGAUGCGGCGAUGGAUAUACCCGAGGAUGAAAUGGCCUACGCAGUGCCUGGCCAGCCCCCAAGCCGGCGGUCCAGCCCUGGUCCGAGCCGCACUGCGUCGGCUACCUUCCCGGAUUCUCUGGUCUUCAAAAAGAGAGUGGAUCCCCUGACUAGGGCUGGAUAUACGGAUUAUACAGUGACAGGCGAUCUACACUGGCUGGGCGUCAUGAAGGACUGGGGCUGGGAGAGUAAGUACAUCCAAUUAUCAGAAUAUGUUCUUGAUGCUCGCAACUUUAGAUGGGCUAACACCGAUUUCUAG